AUGGAAUUUUGGGCUCCUCAGUGGCCACCUCAGCCAUGGGGGAGGCCCACAACACCAUCAAAGGAUCCAGACCGAGGGCUUCAGAGAGAUAGAACCCAUCGGCCCGUUCCUCGCUCUUGGUACAAUGGAGAGAGGUACCAUCAGUGGCAAGACACGCACGGGAGCCCCCAGCCGCAGCAGGACCCCAGGACAGACCACCAGCAGCCCCAUUAUGCAUCCAGGCCUGGGGAAAGGCGUCAGCCUGUUUUGGGAGUUGACUAUUAUGAAGGUGGUUAUCCCCAUCAGUUGUAUUCAAGGCCAGGCAUUGAGGAUCCGUAUCAGAGCUAUCAUUCUCCAACCCUGAGGGAAGAAUAUGCUUAUGGAGAUUAUUACUACCACAGACCCCCGCAGCAGCUACAGGAAGAAAGAGUGCCAAGGCGAGAGAGUCCUUAUAUGUGGCAGGAAGAUCACCGAGAUCAAAAGUACCUCAGUGAGCAUCAUCACGAAAACCAGAAUAGACCCCCCUCACCUGCUCCUGUGAUUUUCUGUAGAUCCAAGAGUCGGAACUCUCAUAAAGACAGUCCUGCUUCUAACACUAGGCCGGAGAGGCCUGGGGACCUGUUUCCGGAGAGUUUGCUAACGGGAACCCAGAAGAAUGAGCCAUCACUGGCCAAUGAGUCCAGCCUUCUCCGGCAGCAUGAGUCUGGUCUCAGCUCUAGCGCCUACGAACUCAGUCAGUACAUGGGAGCUGACUCGGAGCCCUACGAUCCCGUGGCGUCGGCAGCUUGGAGUCCAAUUCAGGCUGAGGCUGUCUCAGCAGCUGGUCCCAAGGCACCCAUGAAGUUCUACAUCUCUCAUGUGCCUGUGAGCUUUGGGCCAGGAGGUCAGCUGGUGCGCGUGGGUCCCAGCUCUCCCAGUGAUGGACAGACGGCCCUUGUUGAACUGCACAGCAUGGAGAUUAUUCUUAGUGACUCUGAAGAACAAGAAGAGAUGAGGACUUUCUCAGGACCCCUGAUCAGGGAAGACGUACACAAGGUGGACAUCAUGACAUUUUGCCAGCAGAAAGCAGCUCAGAGCCGAAAAUCUGAGACACAGAGGAGCAGAGACUCAGCUCUACUGUGGCAGUUGUUGGUUCUCCUUUGUCGACAGAAUGGGUCCAUGGUGGGAUCUGACAUCGCGGAGCUGCUGAUGCAAGACUGUAAGAAGCUGGAGAAGUACAAGAGGCAGCCGCCAGUGGCCAACCUCAUCAACCUGACCGACGAGGACUGGCCGGUGCUGAGCUCAGGGACCCCGAACCUGCUCACCGGGGAGAUUCCCCCCAGCGUGGAGACGCCUGCACAGAUCGUAGAGAAAUUCACUAAACUGCUCUACUACGGCAGGAAGAAGGAAGCCUUGGAGUGGGCCAUGAAGAACCACUUGUGGGGCCACGCUUUGUUCCUCGCCAGCAAGAUGGACCCAAGGACCUACAGCUGGGUUAUGAGUGGCUUUACCAGCACGCUGGCAUCCAAUGACCCACUGCAGACCCUCUUCCAGUUCAUGUCGGGGAGGAUCCCACAGGCAGCCACGUGCUGUGGGGACAAGCAGUGGGGAGACUGGAGGCCUCACUUGGCCGUGAUUCUGUCAAAUCAGAGUGGGGACCUGGAGCUGCAUCAGCGCACAAUUGUCACCAUGGGGGACACUCUGGCUGGGAAGGGGCUGGUGGAGGCAGCCCACUUCUGCUACCUCGUGGCUCACGUGCCCUUCGGCCACUACACCGUGAAGACAGAUCAUCUGGCCUUGCUUGGCAGUAGCCACAGUCAAGAGUUUUUGAAAUUUGCAACAACUGAGGCUAUCCAGAGGACGGAAAUCUUCGAGUAUUGUCAGAUGCUGGGCCGCCCCAAAUCCUUCAUCCCUUCUUUCCAGGUGUAUAAGCUCCUUUAUGCUUCCCGUCUGGCAGAUUAUGGCCUUGCGUCUCCGGCCUUGCAUUACUGCGAAGCCAUUGGCACGGCCCUCCUUAGCCAAGGAGAGAGCGAUCACCCUGUGCUAUUAGUGGAACUCAUCAAGCUAGCGGAGAAACUGAAGCUGUCAGAUCCCUUGGUUGUAGACAGACGCAGAGACCGGGACCUGGAGCCAGACUGGCUGGUGCAGCUUCGGAGGCGGCUCAAGGAGCUGGUCACAGGAGACACUGGGGAUCUUUGUCCUGCUCACUCAGAUGCUUCUGGAGUCAGAGGAACAACAGGUACCCGAAACACUUUCUACCAUGAUCUUUUAGGACGUCAGAGCCACUCAGAAGCCCUUGGGGACCGCAGAGCCUUGUGGCCAACACUGGAGCAGAUGGGGCCAGGCCAGCCCAGCUCACAACACCCCAUUCCCCACCAGCCCAGUGCCUGUCCAGCAGGAGGAGGUGUGGGGCAAUUGGGGGUCCCCGUGCCUCUUUACCCGGUUCCUGAGGUCUGUCUGCCAGGGACUGGUGGCUGUAUGGCCGUGACAGGCCCUCCUGGAGGAGAAGCCUGGGAAGAAACCCAGCAGAUAUAUCCACCUCCUGAGAAUAUAGUAUCUCAAGGAAGUUUCCAGCAUCUGGAUGGUCAAAAGGCUGUUUCCAAACCCCAGGUGCCGCUGAUUCCCAGAUCACGAAACGUUUCUGAGAGUUCCACCGUUUCAGUCAAGGAGGAUGAGGAGGAAUCCGCCGAUGAGGCAGAUAAAAAAUCCUCCCCAAAUCCAGCACAGACGGAAAAGCUAGGAGAUGUGAAAGAGAACACAAAGAGCUCAGGGUUUGGCUGGUUCAGCUGGUUUCGCUCAAAGCCCAGAAGCAACGCAUCCCCUUCUGGAGAAGACUCGUCCGACAGUCCCGACUCUGAGGAGACCUCCGGAGAAUCUUCUCCCCCUCAGGCCGGGCCCGGCCUCUCACUGACAUCUCUCCCAGAGCCCCAGUCUCUGCCAGGAGGCCCCUUCUCUGGGGCCACAGGCGAGGGCGGAGUGCAAGGACCUGCGUCCGGUGAGGGAGCGGCCGAGGGCACGGGCAGUGGAGGCUUGUCUGGGCCUGAGGGUGUUUCCUCUGAGUUUUUCUACAACCCUGGUGUUCUGCUCCCCCCACCCCCCUUGAAAGGAAGUGUUCCUCUCUACAACCCAUCUCAGGUCCCCCAGCUCUCCACGGCUACUAGCUUGAACCGGCCGAAUCGCCUAGCCCAGCGCCGCUAUCCAACCCAGCCGUGA